GCAGCUUGUAGGAGGGCUGUCCAGAGCCAGAUUGUACGAUGUGUCUCAGUGCCAGAGUAUGAGUAGAGAUAAUUACUGAGAAGUCACACUCUCUUACACCCUCGGCUUCUUGUUGUGUCCUUCAGCGAAACAGUGGAUUUAAAUCUCCUUCCACCAGCUCAAGAGCCUCGCAAUCUGUCAGGAGAGAAAGCAAGGGAAAAGCCCCGAACCUGACAAAAAAAAAAAAAAAAGAAGAAGAAAAAGAAGAAGAAGGGGAAAAAAAAAAUCAUGAAAACCAUCCAGGCAAAAAUGCACAAUUCCCUCUCCUGGGCCAUCUUCACGGGGCUGGCCGCUCUGUUUCUCUUCCAAGGAGUGCCGGUGCGCAGCGGAGAUGCCACCUUCCCCAAAGCGAUGGACAACGUGACGGUCCGGCAGGGGGAGAGCGCCACCCUCAGGUGCACCAUCGACAACCGGGUAACCCGGGUGGCAUGGCUAAACCGCAGCACAAUCCUCUAUGCCGGGAAUGACAAGUGGUGUCUGGACCCUCGUGUGGUCCUCCUGAGCAACACCCAGACCCAGUACAGCAUCGAGAUCCAGAACGUGGAUGUGUACGACGAAGGCCCCUACACCUGCUCGGUGCAGACGGACAACCACCCAAAGACUUCACGGGUCCACCUCAUUGUGCAAGUAUCUCCCAAAAUUGUAGAGAUUUCUUCAGAUAUCUCCAUUAAUGAAGGGAACAAUAUCAGCCUCACCUGCAUAGCAACGGGUCGACCAGAGCCCACGGUUACCUGGAGACACAUCUCCCCCAAAGCCGUGGGCUUUGUGAGUGAGGAUGAAUAUCUGGAAAUCCAGGGCAUUACCCGGGAGCAGUCUGGGGACUAUGAGUGCAGCGCCUCCAACGACGUGGCUGCACCGGUGGUCCGGAGAGUGAAGGUGACCGUGAAUUAUCCACCAUACAUUUCAGAAGCUAAGGGCACAGGAGUCCCCGUGGGGCAGAAGGGGACUUUGCAAUGCGAGGCCUCAGCAGUCCCCUCUGCUGAAUUCCAGUGGUACAAGGAUGACAAAAGACUGGUAGAAGGAAAGAAAGGACUCAAGGUGGAAAACAGGCCUUUCCUCUCGAAGCUUAUCUUCUUCAAUGUCUCUGAACAUGACUAUGGGAACUACACGUGCGUGGCCUCCAACAAGCUGGGCCACACCAAUGCCAGCAUCACACUCUUUGAACUAAAUGAGCCCACAAGCUCAACUUUGUUACAAGAAGUGAAAACCACAGCUCUGACCCCUUGGAAAGGCCCCGGAGCCGUCAGUGAGGUGAACAACGGCACGUCGAGGAGGGCCGGCUGCAUCUGGCUGCUACCCCUUCUGGGGCUACACCUCCUGCUGAAGUUUUGACGUGAGCAUCCCUUCCCCCCCAACGCCGGGAGAAGCUACCGCCACAGCGCCUACCACCCCACAGACCCAGCAGCUUCGACCACAGCAGCCAGACACCCCGUUUCUAACUCCGACGUAACCACAAGCGAUUUUGAGAAGCAGAACCUCAUGGGGCACACAUUCGAGGGAGGGGAACAAAACCGACGUGGCGGGGUGGGGGCAACUGCAAAAGGAAAUUCAAAAUCGGCUUCUGGGUCCCGCCCAUCUCUAAGGAUCCAUAUGUUGGUUCAUUUUCCUUUUUGCAAAUGGGAAGAGCAGGAGCCGGCUCUGGGUAUCCAGCUGCUAGUGGCCUGUUGCAAAUUCUUGGUGGUCAGAGUGAGCCAGGGCUCUGCCACACUGCCCAUCAAGAACCCCCAUCAAGGAAAAUUCUGGAGUUGGCUGUCUCCAAUUUGAUCAGUCAGGAGAGAUGGACCCAGCAUGACCAGCAGGUCUGUGGCACCGUGGCCAGCCCUUGGGGACUGUGCCAUGAUCGUGCGUGUGACACACCGCAAAAUUUCAACCCAGACAGGAAGCCAAUGGAAAGCCAACAAGUCAGCUCUGAUCACCCACCCUGCCGUCC